AUGCAGAAUGAGAUGAGGGAACAAAUGAUGGAAGCUCAGAGGAAUAUAAUGGCCGAAAUGGCUCAGUUACUUAGGGCCACUGAUAAAGGAAAGGCUCCUAUGGCCAUCACUGAAGAGGAAAAUGAGGGUCCUCCUCCAGGUUUUACACCGCCGCAUGUAUUAUUGCAAACUGAGGCACCUCCUAGAAGGCCAUCUACUACUCUGAGGCCUCAGCACGGGCCAAUUGAUGUUGGUGUCCAUGUAAAUUUCCCAAUUGGUUCAGGACUUAAUAUGGGUGACAAUCUUACUAAUCCUCUUGUUCCCGAUCUAGAUAUGGUAGAAAAGGAGGAUUUGAAGGCCGAAGCUGCAAAGCAAUUGGAUGAACGCUGCAGAUGGUUAGAAGAAAAGUUUAAGGCUUUGGAAGGCACUGGCAAUAAUCAUGGGGUUGAUGCCAAGGAUUUAAGUCUAGUCCCAAACCUAGUGCUACCUCACAAAUUCAAAAAGCCAGAAUUUGAAAAGUACAAUGGUACUACUUGCCCAGAGGCCCACAUCACAAUGUUUUGUAGAAGGAUGACGGGGUAUGUAAACAAUGAUCAGCUGUUGAUCCAUUGUUUUCAAGAUAGUUUGGAUACCCUGCAAAAUAUGGAGAAGAAGCCUAAUGAGAAUUUUAGGCAAUAUGCACAGAGGUGGAGAGAGGUAGCAAUCACUACUAAAAGUUUUGCAGACAUAGUUAUGGCAGGAGAGAUGAUAGAAAAUGCCAUAAGAGGAGGAAGAAUUGAGGGGGAAGUAGUCAAAAGAUCAGCCCCAAGAAGAAAAGACAAUGAGGUAAACAAAACAAGUGGUUUUAAUUCAAAAGCAAUCUCAGUUAGCCAGUCCAAAGUAGCCACAGUUGGGCAACAAGACUCCCAAAAGCAUGAAUCCAACAUUAGGCAUGAGAGGAUGCAAUUUACACCUAUACCUGUGACGUAUAGGGAGCUCUAUCAAAAUCUAUAUGAUACGCAUGCUAUAGCCCCUUUCCACUUAAAACCAUUACAACUUCCGUAUCCUAAAUGGUAUGAUGCAAAUGCUAGAUGUGAGUAUCAUGCUGGAAUAUCGGGGCACUCAAUCGAGAAUUGUACUGAAUUCAAGAAAGCCGUAGAGAGGUUGAUCAAGAAUGGGGUUUUAAAAUUUGAGAGUACCCCAAAUACUGAGAAUCCUUUGCCGAACCAUGACAAUCAGGGAGUAAAUGCCAUUGGUAAAGUCGUUGAAAAAAGGGAAAAGGAAAAUGUUGAUGAGAUAAGGAUGCCUAUGAGGGUAAUCUGGGAGAAGAUGAUGAACAGAGGUAUGUUGACCUCUAAAAAUACGAAAGAAAGAACGUGGGACUACGGUGAGCUCCAUGAAGAUUGCGAGGAAUCCAAGACCUUGGUGCAAGGCUUCAUAGACAACAAAGAGCUACAGGUUUAUGAAGGUAGCUCUAGUGAAAAGCAAGUUUGUGUGCUGGAAAAUGAACAGCAAAGAACCGGUAGACCAAGGAUCAUUACCUCCCUGCCAGGGAAUAAUGAAAUGGGGACACCGGCAGCACCCAAGGUUAUUAUCCAUACACCUACUCUUUUCCCUUACAAGGAUAGCAAAAAAGUACCAUGGAGUUAUGACUGUAGCGUAACGGUGCCAGGACAAGGAAGCAUAGCCAGCGCAUCUAAGGAUGUACGAGAUGAAGGUUCCCACACGCGGAGUGGGAAGCGUUAUGAUAUGGGGGACGUCAGAGUGGAACCCACAAAACCCAAGAAUGUUGAAAUUGAAAAAAAAAGUGAAGUAUCUGUUAACGAGCCAGUGAGGGAGGAGGAAGCUAAGAAAUUUCUAAAAUUACCCAUUGACAGUUCGCACAUGAAGACGUGUCAUAAUGUGGUAAGAGCCUUUGACGGAACUGAAAGGAAAGUAAUGGAGCGAAUUGACAUCCCUCUGGAGAUUGGACUAAAUACGUAUGAAGUUGACUUCCUGCCGUCACUAGCUCCUUAUGUGGAGACAAAUGAGGAGGCUAUUGAGUGUUCUUUUCAUUCCUUAGAAAUUGUUAAUGCUACCUUCAUUUCGGAAAGAAGCAAGGUGCCGGUUCUCAGGAUGUCUAGAGCAACAAGGAUGGCCCUGCAAAUAAUGAUGGGGAAAGGAGCAUUGCCAGGAAAAGGACUAGGAAAACAGUUGCAAGGAGGGAUUCAAGUCCCAAAAUUGACGGAGAAGAAGGAUCGCUUUGGUUUGGGUUUUAAGCCAGACCAUAAACAAAAGAGACAGGAGAUGGAAAAGCGUCAAGCAAGAAGGAAGGCGCGUUUGAACGGAGGAGAAGUAGAGUGA